AUGCACAGCGCAGCGGCCUUGCGCUUGCGUUGGGGUGUCCCACCCGCGUUCCUCGCUGCUUGGGGUAGCUGGAAUUAUACCAGUCGCGACAGCUUGCGUGCUGACGGCUCUUCACGGGCUUGGAAUCAGAAACUGACUUAUUCUACGCAGCAAGCUCAACGCAAGAAUGAAACCGAAAUCACAAAUACGACCUCAGUCAAUGCCCAGGAGGCUCAGACGGCAUGGGCAUUGUUCACGAAAAAGUUCGCCGUCGCCAGAGAUUCCUUUGCGUCAGUGGAGCUAGGAAACAUUGGCGACAACAUCAAGAAUUUCAUACUCCCAGACUGGGCACGAUUCCUUCCCGCUACCAUUCAGAAGCUACAGCGGGAAUUGUCCAUGGCCCCUGGUUCGCUCGCUGACGACAUAUGGAAGGAAGCCCACGACCCGGACAUCAACCCGGAAAUUGCUAUCGAAGCGAAAGUGCGAGUCGGGGAUACUCUUUGCCCGGAAGAAGUUCGGUUCCGCGAGAAGCGACAAAAACACGUCGUCAAGGCAUUGGCAAAAUACCUAGACCUGAAUGAAGAAGAUAUUCACCCUGACGAUGUACCAGUCAUAGCCAUGUGCGGCUCGGGUGGAGGACUGCGAGCUCUUGUUGCCGGAUCAGGAUCUUAUCUAGCUUCACAGGAAGCUGGACUUUGGGAUUGCGUCACAUACACUGCCGGUGUCAGUGGGAGCUGCUGGCUACAAACUCUCUACAACUCAUCGCUAGGGAACUGUGACUUUGACAGACUGGUAGGACACUUGAAGAGUCGAUUAGGAGUGCAUAUCGCUUUUCCGCCAAAAGCACUCAAUUUGUUGACUACAGCUCCGACAAACAAAUACCUCCUCAGUGGGUUGGUUGAAAAGCUAAAAGGUGAUCCCGAUGCAAAUUUUGGUCUUGUCGAUAUCUAUGGGCUGUUGCUCGCAGCACGACUACUUGUGCCCCGCGGCGAACUCGAUGUCUCGGAUAGAACUCUGAAGCUUUCCAAUCAAAGAGACUUCGUCCAAGAUGGAAACAAUCCUCUUCCUAUCUACACUGCAGUUCGUCAUGAAAUUCCUGUACCAGACGACACGAAAGGACGCCGAGCCGUGGAAAAAGUAAAAGAAGAGGCUUUGAAAGAGGCAUGGUUUCAAUGGUUCGAGUUUACUCCAUAUGAGUUCUUCUGCGAGGAGUUUGGCGCAGGCAUUCCCAUGUGGGCUGUUGGCCGACACUUUUACGAAGGAAAAGAUCAACCUCCCAACAUAAAUCCAGUUCCCGAACUUCGAAUUCCCGCCUUGAUGGGUAUAUGGGGUAGUGCCUUUUGCGCGACGCUUGCGCAUUAUUACAAGGAAGUCAGGCCGGUUGUCAAGGGUCUUGCUGGUUUCGGAGGUAUCGACUCGUUGAUCGAAGGAAAAAGUGAUGAGUUGAUCAAAGUUCAUCCAUUUGAUCCUGCAUCAAUACCCAACUAUAUCCUGGGAAUGAAAGGAAAACUUCCAUCAACUUGUCCAGAAUCUGCGUUAAGCGACCCCCAUUUACAGUUAAUGGAUGCUGGAAUGAGCAACAAUCUCCCAAUCUACCCGCUGCUUCGUCCGGGACGAGACGUCGAUAUCAUCGUUGCAUUCGAUGCGUCUGCAGAUAUUAAACAAGAGAACUGGCUGGCUGUUGUUGAUGGCUAUGCACGACAACGGGGUGUCCAAGGGUGGCCUGUCGGAGCCGGUUGGCCACCAGCGGAUCUUCAACCAGAGGAAACUGCAAAUAUGAUCAGCGAAGUGAACCAGCUGAGUGAAUCAAAAUCAGACGAGAAACUCCACGAGGCACAAGAACACGAUCCAAACAGAAAUAAUAGAGACAGCCCUCUUUCAGACACACUCAUGAAGUCUGAUGCCCGCUACGAUAGUACAUCAAAAAAGUCCGGAAGUUCUCCUAGCGACUUGACGUACUGCAACGUCUGGCUCGGCACAAAACAAGAGAUGACAUCCAAAAAGGAGCCUCCAUCAUCAAAGCGAUUAUUCCACCCCAGUCACGGUGACGAGAACAACUCAGACUUCCACCUAAUGCAACCCGACGCCGGAAUUGCAGUCGUCUACUUCCCACUCCUGCCCAACCCGUCCGCUCCAGACUACAAAACCCAAAGCAUAGACCGCUCACAAAUCGCACGACCACGCAAAUCAACAACCGCCAACGACGAUGUCGUCGUAACGACAAAGCCAAAGCCUAAACCAAACUCUAUCAACCCGGAUGUCGACGAUUUCUUAUCUACAUGGAACUUCGUCUACACCCCGGAACAAAUCGAUUCCGUCGUUGGACUCGCAAAGGCCAAUUUCGCCGAGGGCGAAGCACAAGUUAAACGCGUUGUGCGCGGUGUAUACGAGCGACGGAAACGGGAUCGUUUGCAGCGGGAGAAGCUUGCGAAGGAGGCAGAGGUGGAUAGACGGGUUGAUGAGUUGAAGAGGCGGCAUGAAGGGUUUACGCCGAUCUAUUAA